AUUUUUAUUGUUUCUUUGUGUGUGUAGUGCUUUAAUGUUUCCUUGCUAACUUGCAAACCUAAGAUAAAAAAUGAGUGGUACUCCAAUCCUUUCCUCAUCCCCAGAAAGUGAAAUUUCGUGGAUUGAAGCUUUUUGCGCACAAGAGCACCAUACAUUUUUUUGCGAAGUAAGCAAGGCCUUCAUGUUGGACCCUUUGAAUUUAGCAGGAUUGCCCAGAUACGUGCGUCAUUUCAAAGAGGCUUUGAACGUCAUAGAAGACAAUACAUUACUAAUAAAAAUCGACGAUCCCAACGAGCGAGUACAAGCCAUAGCAAAGAUAGGCAAGUAUGCUAAAACCCUGUAUGGGUUAAUCCACGCCCGCUAUAUUCUAACAGAGCCAGGAAUAGACCAAAUGUGUGAAAAAUUCCGCAGAGGAGAUUUCGGUUAUUGUCCCCGUGUUUAUUGUAAAUUUCAGAAAGUGCUCCCCAUAGGAUUGUCAGAUGAUCCUGGAAAAGACAGCGUGAAACUCUACUGCCCCAAAUGUAUGGAAGUGUUCAACAUUGAACGUUACAAACACAUAGAUGGGGCUUUCUUCGGUACCAGAUUCCCCCACGUCUUCUUCAUGGUCCUCCCAGACCAAAGACCCCCACCUCCAAAAAAAAAGUACAUACCUAGUAUGCAUCCUUGCGCUUAUGAACUGCAAACGAAUGGAGCGACCAAUCCCAGUUGACGAAAUUAUCUUUAUAAUGAAAACAAACUUGUACAAAUUCUUUUAAUAAUUUUUAGA